CCCGGCCGCGUCGCCUUCCCCCGCCGCCCGUCGUACUAUCGGCGGCCGGCCGAGGCGCGCUGUGGUAGCUAUGGCGACGCCGUGGCGCUGGGCCGCCGCCACCGCCGCGCUGCUCCUGGCCGUGUCGGCCGCGUUGCCGCCCGUCCGCGGCUUCUCCCUCCCGCUGCAGCGACCCGCGGACUGCGGCGGCGACCGCUACUUCGACAUCUCCCGCCUGGCCUGCGCUCCCUGCGGAGCCCACCAGCGACCGAGCGCCGGAGGUAGUUCAUGUGUAUGUCAGCCAGGAUACAGGAUGGUUUCUAGUAAUGGGGGGUCCUCUGUUGUUUGUGAAAAAUGCCCAGAAAAUAUGACUGGAGUUACUCAAGAUGGUUGGAAUUGUAUUACUUGCCCUAAAGGUCUAACUUCAGAAGGAACAUGUAAAUGCCCCCGUAAUGAAAUACUAGUGGAAAGAAGUAUCGAUGGCAUUUUGCUUGAUGAAGCAUUGUGCUUACAUUGUAAUGGAAGUGAGCAAUCCUUCUCCGCUUCAGAUGCCUCAGGAAAUAGGUGUGUAAGAUGUGAACAAACAUUCAUCAAUGCAAACAAGUCUUGUGACUGCAGCAGCCCAAACAUUUUAACUGGUGGGCUGUGUUUCAGUGCUGGUGAAACCUUACGCCCAAAGGCAGUUGCAACUGUUCGUUUUGCACAGCUGGGUAUAACACUGACAUCAGCAUGGUUUCUGGAAAACCUGCAGUCCUCAGCCUCUGCCUGUUGGUUGUACUCUAACCUAACAGCAUGCCAAGCUCUCGGAAAUAUGUGUGUGAUGAACAUGAACUCACUGGGUUAUUCAAGUACUGAUGCCUGUGGUUUAUUUCAGUAUAUUUAUGUCAAUACAGCAAGACUGGGCGUUGCUCAUUCAAUAGCCUUCUGGAGGCAUAAUCUUCCAUGGCUGUAUUAUGGGGAUCGACCAGGAUUAGCAACCCAAGUGCUUGAGGCAAACAAUUUCCCUACAAUCUUCAGUUUUAAAGGAACAGAUAAGGAUGUAAAGCUGCAAUUUAUUGCAGCCUCAUUUGAUGCUGCAGGAAACUUUCUUAAAUGGCAAAGUUUGGAAGGAGGCAUCUUACAGCUUUGUCCUGAUACGCAAACUAAAUUGAAUGCAGCUUAUGCAUUUGGAACAACUUACCAACAAAGUUGCAAAAUUUCAGUGUCCAAGAUUUUAUUGGAUUUUGCUAAUCCAGUUUUUUAUGACUUAUUCCUUGAAUAUAAUGGUGACAAUGGACAACAAUAUCUUUGGGACGUGCCAGUUUUAAAUUUGAAUCUUCAGGACAGUGAAAUAUUUGUUAAUCAAGGCAGUAAUAUGAACAGCUGGCUUCUGACUCGUCGAUUUUUUUUGGUGGAUGCGCUAAGUGGAAAAGAGAAUGAUUUGGAAAAACUACCAAGAGUACUUCGGAUUGCUAGUAAAAUAACAAUAAGUAUUCGUCUGGCAUCCCAUAAUCAGAGAGGAACUAUCUACCCUCCUCUACUUACUAUUGCUUACACAGACGUGCUUGUUGAAAACCCUGAAACCCAAAGUGUGAUGGUUUCCUUCUCAGUCAGUUAUGAGAUGAAUCAGUCAGAAGCUCAGGUUCAGACUGAUAUCACACUGGGUGUGUUGGGUGGGCUCGCAGUGUUAUGGUCCCUUCUCAAGACUGCAGGCUGGAAGAGACGCACAGGAAGCUCUGUAAUUGACUUGCAGACAGUUUUGAAGUUCUUACUGUUUUAUGCUGGAGACCUUGCCAACGUUUUCUUUGUCACCACAGUGGGCACAGGGAUUUAUUGGCUUGUGUUCUUCAAAGGUCAGCAGUUUGUCUCUGUCCUUUUACCACUUCCAUCUCAAGAAGAAGAUUUUGUUACAUACAUAGCAUGUGCAUUUAGUUUAAAGGCUCUGCAAUUCUUACAACUGCUGGUUUCACAGCUUACUAUAGACAUUUUCUUUAUUGACUGGGAAAGACCUAAGAGCAGAGUUGUUAAAGGAGUUGAAGGUGAAGGUGUUAUUAAAAGUGCUGCUGCACCUGUGAGCAUAUGGAGGACCUAUUUUGUAGCAAAUGAAUGGAAUGAAAUUCAGACAGUGAGGAAGAUAAAUCCUCUGUUUCAGGUGUUUGCAGUUCUUUUUUUUCUGGAGGUGGUGGGAUUUUCAAACCUGGCUUUAAUGGAUUCUUCUUCCAGUCUUGCAAGAAGCAGUGAGAGUUACAUAGCUCCUUGGAGCCGCAUUUUAAGAUUUGGUGUGUCUGCUGCGGUCUGGUUAGCCAUUGCUGGCUUACAGAUUAUAUUUUUUUCUGUGUGUUAUGAAAGAUUUAUUGAAGAUAAGAUAAGCCAGUUUGUUGAUUUGUGUUGCGUGAGCAAUAUUUCAGUGUUUCUCUUGUCACACAGCUGCUUUGGUUAUUAUAUCCAUGGUCGCUCUGUGCAUGGACAUGCAGAUACCAAUAUGGAAGAAAUGAAUAGGAACCUAAAGAGAGAAGCAGAAAAUCUGUGUAGUCAGAGAGGUCUGUUACCAAACACAGAUGGCCAGACAUUUCAGAUGUCCAUUUCAAGAAAAGUGCGACUGCACUAUGACAGGAUUCAUGAAACCCUGACAAGAAGACGUGGUCCUGCUAGGCUUUUGGACUCAUCUGCAAAUACUUUUGAACAAAGCACAAGGGCAUACAACACCAUGAACAAAUUUCUCAGUUCUUUUAUUAAUCACGCUCAUAAAGAAAUGGAUUAUAUUGUCAAAGAUAAGUUGCUGUUUGAACGGAUUCUUGGCAUGGAGUUCAUGGAACCCAUAGAGAAAAGUCUUUUUUACAGUGAUGAAGGACAGUCCUUCAGUGAUGUUCUCUAUUACGGCAAUGAGACAACGCUGCUCAUCUUUGAUAUUCUGUUUUUCUCUGUUGUGGAUCUGGCUUCCCAGAGUUUUGUCUUAGCAGCUAUUCUAACCUAUUUGCAACAAGAGAUAUUCAGGUUUAUUCGUAGUACACUUGGGCAGAAGAAUUUGGCAUCCAAAACCCUGGUGGAUGAAAGAUUUCUCAUCUAAUUAAGAAGAUGGAAAACUUUGUUGAGGAGUUCAUGGUGGAUGUUAUGUCCAUGACCAAAGUAUCUCUGACUGCAGAUUAAUUCUAGUGCACUUUUCAAUAAUAAUAGUGUGAUGUUUUUGAAAAGGGUAAUUUUUUAUAUUGUGUGCUAUUAAACUUUAUUUUUGUGUAUUUACAAAUAUUUUUUGAAUUUAUGAACGCUAAGCCAUAGGCUGUUAAA